GCCCGAGAGGAGGGGAGCGGGAAGGAGGGGACAGAGACCGGUGUUGCCGUGGGACGAUGAGGGGGAGAUACCGUUGCCACCACCGCCACCACCACCACCACAUAGAGUGCCUGUUGUGAGCAGGAAACCACUACCGAGGAACAGGAGCUAUCAGGAUGAUGAGGGGUAUGGAAUGGGGAUGGAUGGAGCUCUGCCGCCGCCGUUGCCGCCGAAGGUGCCCAUGGACAGACUCGAGAGGCCGAAGGUGCCGGUGGAGAGACCCGAGAGGCUGAGGAGGAUUCACACCGAUGGGACUGCAACUACUAGGACGCGGAAUACCUCCGCCGCCGAAAGUGACUCCUCCCUCUCAGAAGACUACUCACCCCUCGACACGCCCACGGAUGAUGCUGGCGAAGACCCCUCGGAUCGCGAAUGGAAUGCGCGCGUCGAGGCUGCAAUCAAAUCGAUCGGCGGUCGGGCUGACGCAGGGGCGCUGCGGCAGGUGGCAUCUGAGAUUGUGGUGAAGGGCGAUGAAGUGCACUGGGACGAUGUGGCGGGGCUUGAGGGCGCGAAGUCGGCGUUGAUGGAGGCGGUGGUCUACCCGUUCCUAAGGCCGGAUCUGUUUUCGGGAUUGAGAGAACCAGCAAAGGGGAUGUUACUUUUUGGGCCUCCGGGAACGGGCAAGACGAUGCUGGCUAGGGCCGUCGCGACGGAGAGCAAGUGUACGUUCUUCAGCAUCUCGGCGAGUAGUCUCACGAGCAAAUAUCUCGGCGAAAGCGAAAAACUCGUCCGCGCGCUCUUCUCCCUCGCCAAAAAGCUCUCGCCGAGCAUAAUCUUCGUCGACGAGAUCGACUCGCUCCUAUCGUCGCGCAGCUCUGGCGAAAACGAAGCGACCCGCCGCAUCAAAACCGAGUUCCUAAUCCAAUGGAGCGACCUCGCGCGCGCCGCGGCGGGCAGCAAAGACCCGACACCCACCGCGCUCGGCGACCCCAGCCGCGUCCUUGUCCUCGCCGCCACAAACCUCCCGUGGGAAAUCGACGAGGCGGCGCGCCGCCGCUUCGCCCGCCGCCAGUACAUCCCCCUCCCGGAGCCCGCCACGCGCAGGAAACACAUGCAGAACCUGCUCGCCCGGCAACGGCACGGCCUUGGCGAGAUGGAAAUGGACACGCUCGUAGACCUGACCGAGGGGUUCUCCGGCAGCGAUAUCACCGCGCUCGCGAAAGAUGCCGCGAUGGGACCGCUCAGGAAAUUGGGGAGUAAGCUGCUCAGCGUGCCGGUGGAGGAGAUUGCCGAGAUUGGGCUGGCGGAUUUCAAAGAGAGCUUGAAGGCUGUUAGGCCGAGUGUAGGUACCGAGGGGCUGAGGAAGUUUGAGCUGUGGGCGGAGAAAUAUGGAGAGCGGGUUUAGAGAGUUGAGAUUGCGGGGGGUGGAGCGGGGUGGGGUGUAUAAUAGUUUU